AUGAGUACAACACCAUCUCCACUCGACUUUCCCACCGCAGCUUCGAUGGAAGUGGCCAUGGACGCAUAUGACGACCAUCCAUCGUUGUCGGCGUCGCUGGAGGAUUUUGCGGCUCCCACGACACGGUCACCUGUUCCUGACAUGCCCUCGCAACAUUCCGGGUUCCGAUCAGAGUAUUCAGACGACGGCCGGGCUAGUAGCCCUCAAGAGCGCUGGUCGCCGCCCGGUCUCAGACAACCCAGCGACUCGCUGAAUGGAAGUCAUUGGUAUCGCCAUACGCCUUACGAUCGAUUAUACAUGAGACCCACGCUACAACCGCACAGCGCUUCGGCAUCGCGCGAGGCGAGUCCUCAAUAUGAGGAUGCACCCGAAGCACCACCUCCGCCAUCACCACUAAAGAGCGUCGAAUUACCUGAUGUUUCACUUGCAGCCAGUGUUCCUCUACCGCCAGGCACAGAUUCGCCUCUCAAAGGACGAUCGGUAUCUCCCGAACCACGAGCAGAUGAGCCACAUUCAAAUUACGUUCGUUUCCGAGUAUCCGCCGAAGUAGCGCAACGAGAACCCAUACAAGCUGUUUGGAAUGCGAUUCGUCUUCCAUUCAAUCGACUGUUCAGCACCAAACUCAGCACGUUUACAACCGUCCUCGUUGGACUCUUUGGAAUGUUAUUUAUGCGCUCGUUAUCUAUACCUUCGGCUACGCCGACAGUACCUAAUUUGAUGAAACUAUGUGCAUUUGCGCGCAAUUUCGAGCCAUUGAUCCACUAUUCCGAGAAUGGCAUACAACAUAUCAGCAAUUUACAAGAGACAGGAAUCGCCGUCUGGGAUUUGGGUGAAUCUGUGCGCGGCAGUAACAUGACAAGUGCGCCCAUUAUAGUCACCCAACUGGACGAAUUAUCCGAUUCACUAAAGACUCUUUCCCUCGAAUUGACUCGAUUCUUCUCCAAUGUGGACUCGGACAUCGAUUCGAUCCUGCUGGUAAUGGACUGGGUCCGUCGUGAGCUUACGGUAAUCAACUCGCAGCCGCCGAGUAGUCUGCCAAGCGUCAUGAUUGACAACAUACACAAUAUGAUAUCCCAGCUUGUUAGCUUGGAGCAUGGAGCCGAAACGACUAUCGACGGCGAAGCCCCUUCAAGCAGCAAUCCAGUUCCCGGAUCCCUGACCAUGUUGGGAACGGUGGUAACGACUGUUUUUGGCCCAACGUCUGCGCAUCGCACUCGCACAGCCUUGAUGCGAACAUUCACUGAGUUCCUAAAUGUCCUCGAGGAAUCGAUCAAUAGCGAAUUAGUACACUCCAACGCCCUGGUCGCACUCUUCGAGUCUAUUGAUCGCCAGUUCCUAAAUCUUCAACGUGUCGUCGUCCGCGAAUCCGACACCCAAGAACGCGAAGAAGGCGAAAUGCUCAGCUCCCUCUGGACUCGCGUGCUAGGCCCUAACAGAGGCCUAGUUCGCAAAUACGAAAAGAACCGAAAGCUGCUCGCUGACGUCCGCCGGCGCACAGUAAGCAACAAACACCAACUAAUGGACCACCAAGCCCGCCUUCUGAAUCUAAAAGUCAACCUCGAAACCCUGCGCCGGAAAUUGGUGAGCCCCCUCGUACGACAGAAGAAUGAUUCCUUUAUGUCGAUUGGCGGCGCCAUUGACGCGACGAAUAGCGUCUUGGGCGCAAUCGAGGAUCAGAUUGAAGGUGUAGAAAAUACAUAUGACUAUCUCCGGGAGGUGCGUGAGACGCAAAAGAAAAAGUACAUGGACAUGGUCUUUGGCGCCAGCCGGAUUACGGAUAGGUAUCUGGAGCUCGACGAGACGGCUGAUGAUUAG